AUUCUUUUUUGUGUUCUUCGUUCCGUAGCUGGGCACCAAGUGAUCGGUCUCUCCAAAUUAAGAAUCUGGGAAAUAUAGAACUAUAUUUUAGAAAAUGCAUGCAGAGUAGCUUACUAAUAGGAAAAACCUUGAGGGUUGCAUUUGUAGUAAAAUUUGAAAGAAAUGGCUUCUUCCGGCGAGUCACUUAGUCCUUUUCGGAUUAUCCAUUCUGUUGAGCAAGUUGAUAUGUGUGUGCGCGCUAUCCCAUCCAGGUUGUCUCUCAAUUUCGUUUAAACGAGCUGACAGGGCUCCGGAGCCCUCUGAUCAUUUGAAUGAUUAGUUUGGCUAGACGCAUGAUUCGGGUGGGCGCUCUUUUGGCUGUUUGCUCAUUGGGAGAUUUGAAAAAAGCAUAGGGAAACUUAGUCUAGUUGACAAUUUAAUCUGUUCGAUCGGAUUAUUUUUGUUCUUUCAUGGGAUUGACUUGUGCUGUUUCAUUCGAACUGUCUCGUUGAGUUGCUCGUGUGAUUCAUUUGUGUCGGUCGUUCGAUUCGGCUGAUUCACUCGUUCAAUUAAUUCAAGGCUGUUCAUUCAUUCUAUUCGCCUGUACGGACGAAUUCAAGUGUGCAUUCUGUUGGCUGUUUGUUCAGUUUGAUAAUCGGUUCCGCUGUUUGAUUAUUGGUAAUAGAUAGAGCGGUAUCUCUAGGUUUUUUCCGAUUUGUGUUGAGGAAGUGGAUCGAUAGAGGGCUGAAUUGGUAGGCAAAAGGAAGGACCCACAGAAUACCGCUCUAUUUGUAAUGCGAUCUAUUGUGAUGAAGGUCUGAAUGGUAUAUGCACAAGGAAAGACCAGUUAUUAUUACCUUAUCGUGCUGGGGAAGUGAAUUGAUAAGAUUAAUUAAGCAGGCAAUUUACAGAUACCGCUCUAUUUGUACAAUAGACUAUAGAGAAUAUCCUUAGAAAAGUGAAAGAGAAAUAUUAAAAAACUCAGAUAAACCCCAACUAUAGAAAAAGGCCCAGAAAGUCAAGGGAAAGAACAGACAAAAAAAACAAGAAAAGGAUUGGAACUGUUAAAAUAGGAGAAUGGUCAUUGAAGAGCUCAAGGAAAGCUAGAGAGGUGCUGAAGGAGGAUGAGAAAGGGAGGGCUAGUAGAACCCCCACCCGAAACCAGUGGGCUGUACCCUAUGGGGAAAGGAAUCGUGAAGGAGGAAGAAGUAGAAUUAGCAGAAGAAGGGAAGGAAUUGUCUGUCUCCCGAAAAAGGAGGGGCAGAAAGGAAUUUGGCAAGGAUGGAUUAUUAUGGAGGACUAGGGAAGGCUAUGGAGAAAAUUGUGAAAAUGAAGAAUCACAGGAGGAGGAUUUGAUGGAUGACGUGGAAGAGGCGGAUGAGCUGAUGGACAGGAGGCUAGCUAUAGAGUUAGAAAGAAAACACAGAAGACAGAGAGCCCAGACGGAACAGGAUUAUACGGAACAAUACCAAGAAAAUGAAGGGGCAACAGCUAGCCUAAGGGAAAUGCACUAUGACAGAGGAGGAGAGGGAUGGCUACAGAACAAAAGAAAGCUGAAUGGACCUGAAAUAUUCCAUACACAGCUCCCAAUUUUAGUAAAGGGCACACAGGGGCACUAUGUCCCAUGGGGAUCGCAGGACCUGGAAGGACUGGUUACCCGCCUACCAGAUAUUCAUGAGGGGGCGGGCAAAUGGAUAAGAUCAUUUGAGGAGGAGACUAUGGGGAGACUGUUGGCUGUGGGGGACCUGAAGGCACUGCUGGCAGGGGUGGUGGGAGUGGCUACAAUGGAGGCUGUGCUGUGUGCCAGCGGCCUCGGAAAGGCAGCAGGGACCACUCUGAGUGAUGGGCUGGACUUUGACACAUACCGCCAGAGGUUUUGGCAAGCCCUAAGUGUAGAAUAUCCAGCAAGGUUUGACCCCAAGUCACUGAAAAGGGAAUCUUUGGAAGAAAAUGAAAAUCCAGCUGCUUAUAUAAACAGGCAGCUGAAACGCUGGAAGCUAGAGACCAAGAGGAACCCAGGGGGGGAUCAGGUGAUGACGAUUAUGUUCCGAACCUCUGUGAUAAAAGCCAUGCCCCAGCCAGUGAGAAAUAGGCUGGAGGAUGAAUUGGGAUUGACUUCAAAAACACACCAAGAAUUCUGUGACUAUGUAAUCCAUGCAGUGGAGAGAUACAGAAAGGAUGAACAGAGACUCACAGAACAGGAGAGAGAGAUUCAGAGAAAAUUGACACGGCUACAAUUUGUAGAGCUGACAAACAAAGGAAAGAUAAAAGAACAAGCCUCAGUGACUACUCCCGUGCCAGAUGUGGGGACGAUGGCUGCAGCUUCCUCCUGUGGGCCACAACCACCCCCUGUGUCACAGGCCCAAGUGCAACCCACACUUGGGCCUGUGGUAAAUUUUUACACACAGCCCCAGCAGUGGGAAAAGAAUCAACAAAAACUAAAUCAGAAAAAAGGGCCCAGAACUCAACAGGUGGCUCCUAGGUUUUGUUGGGGAUGUAACCAACCAGGGCAUCAUAAACGUGACUGCCCCACAAACCCAUGGCAACAACGAGGAAAUAAAAAUCAGGCCGUUUGGCAGCAGGGUAAUUGGCAACCACCCCAGAACCAAUCGAAGGGCCCUGUGAAUCCAUGGGGAGGGCCCAAUCAAAGACACUAGGGGUGCCCAGAGGGUCCUACAGGGGAGGGUCAGUUUGUAAUGCUAAACACACAGGCUGAUCAAGAACCUAUGCUGCAGGUUCCAACUGAAAAAAAGAGGCGUACCAAUGAUGAUAAACACUGGAGCUACUUACACACGUGAGUCCAAAUGAUGCCUCUACUCCCCAGGUCAGAUUCUAUCUUUGUUUCUCACAAAGGAGUCCUGAGUCGUGCAGCACUGAUACACCAAGUCCAAUGAAGGGGUAUCUAACACCUGUGGCCCAGAUGAUUCCAGGGCCAAACCAAGCCCAGACCUGUGACAGACUGCCUUGGGGUCAGAAUAAGAAUAUGGGACACUGAUAGUUCCAGGUACACCACAGCCAAGGAGAGGGUGGAAGAAUGGAGAGAGGCACAUAGAACAAAGAGGCUCCUACAUCCAUGACUACACCAGCCAGGAGCCAUUUGACUGGACAUGGGGACAUCAGAGAUGAGAAGGGAGUUUACAUUCUUUACAUCUAUUCUGUGUUUGGUUCUCGGCAACGCUUGAUUAUAUUGGUUAUUUUUUUUCAUUAUUAUUGUACUAAUUGUAUUAUUUUGUUGUUGGUUUUUUUGCCCAUUUUGAGACUUAUGAAACAGCGUUUUUAAAAUGAUAUUCUUAUAGCAACAAAAAAACACUACUGAUUUUGUGUUUUGGAACCUAUUGACCAAGAACAUUCACAUGUGUGGAAACAACUUGGACACUAAGGAACAUUUUAAUUAGGCACUGGUCAUUCAUAUUGUUGUUUUAAAUCUAAAUUGAUAAUUGUUUUAAAUGUGUUGUGAAUUAUUUGGGAUACUUUUACACAACUGAAACAGUUGUUUGUUAAUUUUUCUGACAUUUAAGUAAUGAUCCCACCAUCUCUUUAAUACUUAUUAAAUUAAUUAAUACAUUAUUUUAGUAUGGCAGUAGCCCAGAUGUUAGGGCCCAGGAGAAUAGGUAAACUGAUGCAGUGUUUUGUCUUCUCCUUUCUCCUAUAAGGAUAGUAUUGCGGACCUCUAACCCAAUGCAUGGAAACGAUUUGGGAACACCAAUGUGAAGUGAAACCUCCUGAAACCUUUCCCUUUGGCACCUUCUGAGUCCCAAAACCAGAUUCAUGGCAAAUGAAGGAUGUUUCACAUGGGAGAUGGUGGAAGGCCUGACCUCCUUAUGUCUCAAACACAUCUGCAAUCAACGGUCAGACAGGACAGCACAACUUCAAAUUUAACAUUGUGCCUUGUGCCCCACAGCAACAGAUCUGAGACAUGGAGUCGCUCACAAAAAAGGAGAUGAGACAGUUUUUCUGUUAAAGUGCGAGGCAGAGGCCUUUAAGUCGAAACGUCAAAGGACAAGAACAGCAAAAGGACAAUGUGCCAGGUGAGGGGAGAGGACCAGGGAGGAACUUCACAGUUAAAUUUAGACUUUGACAUGUAUUGGGAUAGAGGUUGCGAUACAUAAGGUCAAAAUGGAGCGGGAAGUCAAAAAUAAAAUGUACUAGCGUACCUCUUAUGGUGAUUAUUACUGUAGUGGCUCGUAGCGAGAGGUGCAAUCUCCGAUGUAUCUGGUAUUGUGUAGACGAAGAGCCCAACAUUAAGGCAAAGGGGGAAUUGUGUUUCUGUGCAGGGAAGGACUGUUCCCCCUUAGGAAGACAGUUUUGAUCUACAAGGUGGCUGGUAGCCAACCUACGAGGAGUUGAUAUGAGGAGACCGGUGAUUGAAUGAAGUCGUUUUUUUGUUCAUAUUCUUCAUAAUGCUAUAUUCUCAUACUCUUUUAUUCAUUUUCUAUGAUACUGAUUGAUGUUUGAUUAAUUUUAAUGUUUGGUAAUUGAUUGCUUUUGAUUAUUGGUAUGUUUUCUUUUAUUUCAUAUCUAUGCAAAAUAUGCACUUCACUUACUCUGUAUGUAAUCAUUUGAAACAACAUACUUGCAAGGCUCUAAAAGAUAUUUGCACAUGCUUACACACACACACUUGAUUGGUGAUUGAGCUGGAAAUUAUUUUACUUCCUCUCAGCCAAAAUUUUUAUUUCACAUUAACCUGAUGAAGAGUAGACCGAACAAGUAUAUACCAUGUAAUCACUUGUAUAUCAAUUGGGUGUUAUAAUUAUGAUUUAAAAAGGAGCUAAACAUCUAUGUGAUAAUAAAUGGCUUCAUAUGA